GUGCGAAAUGCCAGUAGCCGAAUCAGCACGACUUGCAAAGAAGUUCCCCAAUACUUGCGACUUUUUGACAAUUAAUUUUUUGAUGGCUUUUCCCACCACAAGUGCCCAGCAAGCAGAGACGAACCGCAAGAUACUCGAGGAGAUCCAGACGAAGAAGCAGUUGCUCGCGGGCGGGAUCAUAAACCUGGGGCUGAGCACCACGAGUCAGAUGCCAACCACCCAGCUACUGGGCCAGCCAACGACACCGACUCCCGACUUCCAGGCGGGCGUGGGCAUUGCCUCCAAUGCCACAUCGACCACCCGCUCUGCAUUUAAUCCAACGAGCUCUACGACUCUGGGCUUCUUUGUACCUCAGGAUUCGUAUUUUGGAAACAGCUUUAUACCCGUGCUGCCUCGUCUGGAGCCGCUGCCGUCGCCCGCGACCACGCCCACCACUCCGAACGCCCCUGCCGGCCUUAAUAUCAGCAAGUAGUCCAAGCCACCAUGGCCCGGAUGAAGCU